AUUUAGUUCAAAAAUGUCUUCAACAUGACCAACUAUUCUCAUGUCCUCAGAAAUGAACGACACCCCCUCAAAUCGCAAACGAAGUAGCGUCCGACGUGCCAACGUCACAGCUUGUCAACGAUGCAAGUCCCGAAAACAGCGCUGUGACCAGAACAUCCCGGCGUGUUCAUCGUGUGGCCGUGCUGGAGUUCCCUGUGUAGGCGUUGAUGUUGAUGGACAAUCUGUACCUAGGAGUUACAUCAAAAGUCUUGAGGAUCGAGUCGCUGAGCUUGAGCUGGCACUCCGGAAUCAAGGAAUUGACACCGAGUCUGUUGUCAGCCGAGCCUCCCAAGAUAUUCUUGAAUCAACACCAGAGGCGCACAAUUCUAAUGAUUCGACCUUACUGCGCCUGCUAGUACCCAGGCAAAAUGACAUACAGCACCCUGAAGACUCGGCCUACCAUGCUCUCCUUGACACCAUUACUGUACCAGACGCCGUCAAGUUUCCUCCCAAGUCGACCGCCAUUCAACUCACCGCCACAUACUUCGAACACUCGAACUUUUUCUCUCCUGUCCUAAACCAAGAGUCAUUCAACAGUACCGUCGCCACUUUGUAUCAAGACCAGAUGUCCCCUGGCCAGGGCACUUCAAUACAGAAAUUCCAGCUUUGCAUGGUUCUAGCCAUCGCCAUAAGACUUCUCAAUAGGACAGAUUCUUCUGUUCCGACCACUGCAUCCGACUCGUUCUUCGCAUCAGCUAUUGGAAUACUCACAGAGCGUCCACAAGCUACGUGGAAAGGCGAUUUACAACAUCUACAGAAUCUUCUCCUCAUUGUCCAGUAUACCAUUUUCGCUUCAAACCUCUCUGCAUCAUGGCACUUCACUGGUCUAGCAACACGAUUGGCCAUUGAUCUUGACCUUCUGAACGAGACUCACCAUUCCGUGGACCAAGACGCACAUGAAUCUAACAUAGAAGUCAAUAAGAGACGUCGGGUGUUCUGGUCCACGUACAUCCUAGAAACAAACCUCUGCGUUAUACUCAAUCGUCCAAGAUCAAUACCUGACGAAGCUAUCUUUACUCCUCUACCCUCAACAAGUGGACCCGAGUCGUCAAGUCCAUUAGCAAACCACUGCAUUCUCUUUCGCCAACUCGAGUACGAAAUAUUUCACACGCUUAACUAUAAGCCUCCCGCAAAUGGCAGCUACUUCGACUAUAAAGCCUGGAAGAUGGGCAUGAAGGACCGUCUUGUGGCUUGGCAUGCAAACGUACCCCCCGUAGACGCAACAUCUAAGCUUGCACCUCAGAACUUCUUCGAUGGCGCGUUGUACACAACCCUUGUUUCUCUUCUUUCACCGUCUCGCCACUUUCCCAAUCUUUCAGAAGAUGAGCUAAGAGAUCUUGCGCAAUAUGCUUCUACGAGCAUUGAGCUGUACAGAGAGGGGUUCAAGGAGGGCAAGUUAAGGUUCUAUUGGCGAACGACACCAAACCUGUUCCAGUCUGGCGCCGCUCUGAUUCACUGUAUCAGGAGUCUCACACUCCAAGGUGAGGUGUUUGAUGUGAACGCAUUGAAGAGUCGGGUGUCUGUAUGUUCAACGGUUCUGUGGGGUAUGGCAGAGCGGUAUCCUCCUGGAGCUUCAUAUCGUGACCGCUUUGAUGAGAUGUCAGCUACUAUUGACGAAAUGGCUUCCGAACUCCCGAUGGAUAUCGCAAGUGACUUUCUGUUCGGGCAUAAUGUUGUCUCGUCGUUGGAUCUAGAUGGGACGGCGACGUUAUGGACGUCAACUCCUCCCACUUUGGAUCCGUGGAUAUUUGAUCAAACAUAAUUGUGACAGCGGCCACCAUCAGCUAUCAAGAAAGAAGAAAAGAAUCGAUGAGCAUAUUUUUUAAUUUAUUCUGU